AUGAGUCACCGUCUUCAAUCAGAUGCUCCAGUUAUACUUUCAAUGAAAGUUUGCAGUAAGGACGACAGUGAAUACAGGAUACUGAUUCACGGCCGUGUUAGGUACUUGACCAUUGCCCGUGGUACAUACGACAGGUCAACACUGUCUAUGCCUUUGAGCUCAUUGCCAGAUUUACCUAAAAGCGACGCAUGGAACCGAGCACAUAUUAGUCGGGACUCCUCGACUGGCGAGCUCGAAGCAAAAGUAUGGAAUGAAACGUUGCCUGGAGUUCAGGAUAUUUGGCAUCCUGAGUCAUUUGACUGCUUGGACCUGAAAAGAGUGAAACAAAUCACCGCGGCUACGUUUGAAGCGACUUUGUCGAGACAUGGAUUAUCUGCGUUAUCAACCUCUAUGCCCACGGUCAUUGCCAAGGUUGCACGAUUCCAAUGGGAAAUACCUCGCUUAUCGCAAGAAACUCGUAUAUAUAAGAGCUUAGAAAAUACUGGUGUCACCCCACGAUUCCUUGGCCAUAUUCAUGAACAUGGUCGCGUGAUUGGGAUUUUACUGGAGAAAGUUGAAGGCCGCGAAGCGAAUAUUGAGGACCUAUCAGCUUGUGUAUCUGUUCUCAAGAAACUCCAUAGUAUCGGUAUACUUCACGGUGAUGUGAACAGAUAUAACUUCAUCAUUCAAAACGACACAGCGAGGCUGAUCGACUUUGAGAGAAGUCGAAUAUGCCAUGGUGACACAGCACCCCUGGACGUUGAGAUGGCAAGUCUAAAUGAUCAAUUGAAUGAGGAUACAGGACGCGGUGGGGGAUUCUUAUUUAAACAAGAAUAA